AUGACAGGCAGUCUCAGACUAAGCAUUACUGAGGUGACUCAUGAAGCCGCCAGUGGACAAAGUCGAUAUAUAAGAAGGCUGCCAUGUUUUGUCCUUUCUGUGGCCAACAUCUGGCGACAGUUCAAGUGUUCUGUGGCUCCUGUGGCAAAAAUAUACAGUUUUUGGCAGAACAACAGGGUUCCACCGGAUUUCCUGCAAACACCUGAUCCUGUCCUGUUGGGGGUCCCGUCGACACCUGCUCCGCCGGGUUUCCUGCCAACUCCAUAUCCUGUCCUGUUGGAGGUCCCGCCGACACCUGCUCCGCCGAAUUUCCUGCCAACACCAGAUCCUGUCCUGUUGGGGGUCCCGCCGACACGUGCUACGCCGAGGGUCCUGUCGACACUAGCUCAUGUUCCGUCCAGAGUCCCGUCCACGCCUGUCCCGUCAGGGGUUCCACCAGCUCCUGCUCUCGAUCCCAGUGCUCCGGCGAUCCAGCUGACAUUGGAGGGGUCCCAUUGCGGCGUACGUCGUCCUCCGGAGAUGUCCCGUCGCCGUCUUCUUGCCCAGCCUCCUGAGUUUCCCAGCCGUCGUCUUCGUCCUCGAGCCCAGCCCCCUGACUUUUCCAGCCCCUGCCUUCGCCCUCAUGCCCGGCCUCCUGAGUUUCCCAGCCCUCGAGCCCGGCACACUGACUUUUCCAGCCACUGCCUUCGCCCUCAUGCCCCUGAGUUCGCUCGCUGUGGCCUUCGCCCCUUUUUGAACUCUGCCUUGCCCCCGGGCCGUCCGCCCGAGACCAUCUCCUGUUCCUCUGCCUUGCCUCUGGGCUGUCGACCCAGACCCAUCCUCUGGACCCCCUCCACCCACCCUUUUCGAAGUGUUGGACUUUGUUUUUGUUUUAUGGACGUCUAGGAUCCGUCCCUUGAGGAGGGGGUUCUGUCACGAUCAUAAUGUUAUGUCACGUUUUUAGUUGAGUCUGUCUUGUUUUGGGUGUUAUUUUGUAAUUCUGUACUCCCUGGCCCUUUCUCAUUUCUCUAACUCCCCU